UGUGUGAGUGUGUGUGUGUGUCUUUCUGUGUGUCUUGUUCAGUUUUGCGCACAAAAAGUACGAAUUUUCUCAUUUGCUCAGAUAUAGAGCAACCCCAGAGGCAAACAGCACCUCCCAAGAUCCGAUCAGAUCCAUUCAACCCUUCUCUCUUCACUCUCCCUCUCAUCAAUUUCCUUACACACCCCUUCAAUUUCCCCCCACACCACUUUCCCACCCCAUUUCCUCUCUCUCCGGUUAGGGUUUCUUCAAUUCCGCCUCCAAAUGCGCUAGAUCCAGACCCAGGGUUCGCCAACUUCGAGUGCAUGAAGCUUUGGUGCUGUCUCUGCUUCACUGACCCAGAAGACCAAGACCGCCACCUUAUGAAGGAGGACGACUUUUUCGGAAACGACGCCGUCGUUUCCGCCGUUUCCGACGACCAAUUCGCCAUGCCCCAGACCUUCCCUCUCCGCUCCGACGCCGAGAGCAGCUCCGCCGCCGCCUGUCCGGACACCGCCGCCGCCGACACCCGCGAUUUGAGCCACAAACGCGCCAAGUUCUACGCCGAUUUCGAGGAGCAUCACUUUUCAAAGCUUAAUGCCGGGAAAUGCGGUUCUUCUAAUGAAUAUGGUGAUUAUGACUAUAUUAAGGGCUCUCUUCGGCCCAACGGCGAUACUUGUUAUGAAGCUUUUGCAUUGAUGGGUGCGGGUGAGGAGAGUAGCUUUGAUUCUAGCAUUGUGAAAGACGGUGAAGGAGGUGAUAGUGAUCUCUCGAAAGUGGAAGAUGUAGAGGUCAGAAUGGAUCUCACCGAUGACUUGUUGCAUAUGGUUUUCUCGUUUUUGGAUCAUCCCAAUCUUUGUAAGGCUGCCAGAGUUUGUAAGCAGUGGCGUGGUGCUAGUGCUCAUGAAGAUUUCUGGAAGAGUUUGAAUUUUGAGGAUAGGAACAUAUCUGUUGAACAAUUCGAGGACAUGUGUAGGCGUUAUCCUAAUGCCACAUCAAUGAGCAUAUCUGGUUCUGGUAUUUACUUGCUUGUCAUGAAGGCCAUCUCUUCAUUAAGGAAUCUAGAGGUUCUAACAUUGGGAAGAGGACAAAUAGCUGAUACUUUUUUCCAUGCUUUAGCCGAUUGUUGUAUGUUAAAAAAUUUGAAUAUCAAUGAUUCUACACUAGGCAAUGGCAUCCAGGAGAUAACAAUUAAUCAUGACAGAUUGUGUCAUCUUCAAUUAACAAAAUGCCGUGCGAUGCGAAUAGCAGUCAGGUGCCCACAACUUGAAACUAUGUCGUUGAAGCGUAGUAACAUGGCACAGGUUGUGCUUAAUUGUCCUCUUCUGCAAGAGCUUGAUAUAGGCUCAUGCCACAAACUUCCCGACGCUGCAAUACGUGCUGCUGCAACUUCAUGCCCUCAACUUGUCUCACUGGACAUGUCAAAUUGUUCAUGUGUCAGUGAUGAAACUCUACGUGAAAUAGCUUUGAGUUGUGCUAACCUUAGUUUUCUUGACGCAUCAUACUGCCCAAACAUAUCUUUGGAGUCUGUUAGACUGCCGAUGUUGACAGUUCUAAAGCUUCAUAGUUGUGAGGGCAUUACUUCUGCGUCAAUGGCUGCAAUAGCUCACAGUUAUAUGUUGGAGGUUUUGGAGCUUGACAAUUGCAGUCUGUUGACUUCAGUGUCUUUGGAUCUUCCCCGUCUGUGUACUAUUAGAUUGGUACACUGUCGCAAAUUUGCUGAUUUGAACUUGAGGACUAUGAUGCUUUCUUCCAUACUAGUGUCAAAUUGCCCUGCACUCCAUCGUAUCAACAUCACUUCAAAUUCACUUCAAAAAUUAGCAUUGCAAAAGCAAGAUAGUUUAACCACAUUAGCUCUGCAAUGUCAAUCUUUACAAGAAGUGGACCUCUCAGAGUGUGAAUCUUUGACAAACUCUAUAUGUGAUGUUUUUAGUGAUGGUGGAGGAUGUCCUAUGUUAAAAUCACUAGUUCUUGACAAUUGUGAGAGCUUGACAUCAGUUCGGUUCACCAGCACCUCUUUAGUCAGUCUUUCACUUGGUGGUUGUCGGGCAGUUACUACUCUUGAGCUCACAUGCCCUAACCUUGAGAAAGUCAUUUUGGAUGGUUGUGAUCAUUUGGAAACAGCAAAGUUUUGUCCUGUUGGUCUUCGAUCUCUCAAUUUAGGAAUAUGUCCGAAAUUGAAUAUACUCAGCAUAGAAGCCAUGUUUAUGGUCUCACUUGAGUUGAAAGGAUGUGGUGUACUGUCUGAAGCAUUACUUAAUUGUCCUCUCUUGACAUCUCUGGAUGCUUCCUUUUGCAGCCAACUCACUGAUGAAUGUUUGUCUGCAACAACAGCCUCAUGCCCAUUGAUUGAGUCAUUAAUAUUGAUGUCAUGCCCAUCAAUUGGUUUAGAUGGACUUUAUUCUUUGCGUUGGCUCCUGAAUUUGACCCUGCUGGAUUUGUCAUACACUUUUUUGGUCGAUUUGCAGCCUGUUUUUAAGUCUUGUCUGCAGCUAAAGGUAUUAAAGUUGCAGGCAUGCAAAUAUCUCACUCACACAUCACUUGAACCUCUUUACAAGGGGGGUGCUUUACCAAAACUUCAGGAGUUGGACUUGUCUUAUGGAACACUCUGUCAGUCUGCCAUAGAGGAGCUUCUUUCCUGCUGCACACACCUUACACGUGUGAGCUUGAAUGGCUGUGCUAAUAUGCAUGAUUUAAACUGGGGAUGCAGUCAUGGGCAUAUUGCUGAGUUGCCUGAUGUAAAUGUUAUAUCCGUUGCAAGUUCUCAUGAAAAUGUCCACGAGUUAAGUGAGCAACCCACCCGUUUACUGCAGAACCUGAACUGUGUGGGAUGUCCAAACAUUAGGAAAGUUUUCAUUCCAUCAACAGCACACUGUUCCCGUAUGUUGUUUUUAAACCUUUCUCUAUCUGCUAAUUUGAAGGAAGUUGAUGUAGCUUGUCUCAACCUAAGCUGGCUUAAUCUAAGCAAUUGUUCCUCUUUGGAAGUUUUAAAGCUAGAGUGUCCAAGAUUGACCAGUCUUUUUCUUCAGUCUUGCAACAUUGAUGAGGAAGCUAUUGAGGCUGCUAUAUCAAAAUGCACUAUGCUGGAAACUCUUGAUGUUCGCCACUGUCCAAAGAUAAGCUCAAUGAGCAUGGUAAGAUUACGUGCUGCAUGUUCUAGUUUGAAGCGUAUAUACGGCAGCUUGUCAACUUCAUAAACUUAACCAGGGAUCUUUGAAUAUUCCAGUGGUUUUCACUUGGGAGUGAAGACACACUUGGUAAUAAAACUGGUUAUAUUUCCAAAUGUAUUGUAAAUGGAUGACUUGUUAUUGUUGUUUGUUUGGCAUAUAUAGGAAUCAGGUUAUCUUUUGUGGAUUGUUAAAAUAAAUCUAUCGUUGUUA